CGGUCGACGUGAGUACGAUUCGCGGCUGCAAAUCACAUCUUUGCUUCUCCAUGCCCAUUUCCACUUCUCAAUCGUGUAAUAAUUAUUCUUUUCUAAUUUCUCAUGUAAUUAUUAUCUUUCUCAAUUUUUUUACUGGGCAGCUAAUAAGAUUUAAAGAAAAAUAAUGUUGCCCGAACCUUCGUAAUAGAAAAAAAUAAACACCAAUGACACCAAUGGUACUGUUCAUAGUGUUUAAUUAAUCAUUGCAGAAUUUAUUAUUAAUACGCCGUUUUAAAAUUAAUCAAGGAUUGUCAGCUGUACGUUCUCUACUUGAACACUUGUCGGUAAUGAACCUUGAAUUAAAAGGUAUUCUAACCUUCCUUGUCAGACCGGAUCGUCGAUCCCAUGUAGUAAAUAACGAAGAGGUAGUCCUCGGAUUAAAAAAACAAUAAUUAAUUACAAUUGCCCUCAAAUAAGCUCUCAUUACAUGUAACGUAUGAACAAUAUCAGUGCAAUAAUGUCAUUGGAAAAAGCAGAGAUGGAGACAACAGCAGAGGACGGAAAAUCUAGUAGAAUUUGUUUGUAUAAAAAACCAAUUAAGAGGGAUAAUUAUAAAGUAGAACCAGAAUGGGAAGAGACACCACAAGAAGUUCGAAGAAAACGACUGCUGCAUCACCAAAAAGAAUGCAGAGAUGCAGCUUUCAACGCCGGACGUACAAUGCUAGAAGAUGCUCCCUUCUCAGAGGAGGAGAAUCAAGACCCAAUGGAUGUGGAAAAAGUGAGAUAUCCCUCUAGAAAGCACACGAAUAAGCAGUAUGCCAACAAAUUAAUGAUGUCAGAGUGGAUGGUCGACGUGCCCGAGGAUCUAGUCGAAAAGUGGUGGAUGGUCCCCUGUCCGAGGGGCCGACGAAAUUUACUGGUAGCAAGGAAGGGAAAGACAGAGGUGUACAGCAGACGAGGGGAAAAACUCGCAGAAUUCCAGUCAGCAUUACCUGGAGGUCAUGCCGAUGAGAUGAACAGGAAUUGCACCCUCUUAGAUUGUAUCUGGGUGCCUAAACACAAAAUUUACUAUGUCCUCGAUGUGCUCGCUUGGUCCACUCAGCCUUUAUUGAACUGUGAUGCUGAAUUUCGUAGAUUCUGGUUGCAAUCCCAAUUACACGAAAAUGAGGAUUUAAAAUUGCAAGGAACAAAGCGGAAUCAAUUCCCAAUAUUAGCUCUUCCAAGUGUGUCCUGUGAUAAUAAUUUGUCAGAGUUUCUCAGCAAUUUACCACCGCUUCCAUUCCUCGAUGGUCUUUUAUUUUACCACAAAGAGGGAUACUACAUGCACGGAUUCACGCCUUUAGUCACUUGGCUAAAGCCUUACAUGUUGCCUGAAAUUUUGGGGGUCUCAGUACCAGCGCCCAUGGACGAAAAACCCGAGGGGUAUGUGAACAUGAUGCAGCACAUAUCAUCUAGGAGUAAAAGGAAAGAAGUAUCCAUAUCUGCUGAAUUAGUCAUGGAAACAGCUAGUGAUGGUUAAACAUGUUAAUUAUUUAUGACUUAUUUUACAUUACUGACCCUGUACAAUUUGUAUGACGAUGUAAAAAUAAUUAAAUUUUUAUUGAGCAUCUGCUAAGAUGAAAGUACAAAAUCUAUACAUUAAAAUAAAAUAUUAAAUAUACUU